AUGAUUAAUUAUCUGUUUAAUAUGACAUCAUCUAGUUUGACACUGGAUGAUGAGGGACACUCCCCAGAUUUUAGGAAACCUACAGCACAAGUUGUCACAACUCAACUAUUGACUGCUAGUCUUUUGGGUUUAUUUGCAUUGGUUUCAUUCUCACUGUUGUUGAAAAGGUUACCGAAGUUAUAUGCAAGCAGGAAAUAUAAAAAUAAUGGUGGAUUGCAGCUGCCUACCUGGGAUGAAUCUAGUGUUUUUGCUUGGAUUCCUGUAGUUUACAAGAUUAAUGAUAUGCAAUUAUUGGAAUAUGCCGGUUUAGAUGCAUUUGUAUUUUUAGGUUUCUUUAAGAUGUGCAUCAAGUUCCUUUCUAUUUGUAGUAUAUGUGCUGUAUUCGUUAUUUCUCCUAUCAGAUACCAUUUGACAGGAAGAUAUGAUGAUGGAUCAGAGUAUGGAGAUAAUUCUACGAUUUUGACGUACUUUCCAGGACAUCUAACAAAGAGAUUUUCUUACUUAGAUAAGAUAAACCCAAAUUAUCCAGAGGCGACAUACUUGUUUUUAUUGAUGUAUGUUGUUUUUACAUAUUUUUUUACGUUCCUGGCAAUUAAAAUGUUGAUAUCUCAAACAAGACUGGUUGUAAAUACUAGACAAAUGUUUCUUGGUAAACAAAAUACAAUUACAGAUAGAACAAUUUUAUUAUCUGGGAUUCCCAUUGAAUUACGUGAUACUAAAGAACUGAAAAAAAGAAUUGAACAGUUAAAUAUAGGCAAAGUUUCAACGAUCACCAUUUGUAGAGAGUGGGGUGUAUUGAACAGACUGCAUCAUUGUAGAGAGGAAGUCAUGAGACAAUUGGAAUUGAAGUUCGCAGAAUGUCCAGUCGAAUUAUUGAAUAAUAAUGAAAGAAUCGGAGCUGAAAACUACAGUUUGAAUAAUAACAGAAAUAACAUUGAAACAGUAAGUACAACAGAGGAGUCAUCGGAACGAAUUAGAGGAAGACAGAGUGAUAUUGAAAACCAGUAUGAAACUUCGCCGGAGGAUGACCUUGAUGACAAUUUUCUGUAUUCUGAAUUGCAAAUAAAUGAAAGACCUACAAUUCGUACUUCGUAUUGGGGUUUAUUUGGUAAGAAAGUCGAUGCAAUUGACUACUAUUGGAAGCAAUUAAAAUUCAUUGAUCAAGAAAUCGAAGAUGCAAGAAAAAAACAUUAUUCAGCAACCCCAACAGCGUUUGUAACAAUGGACUCGGUCGCAAAUGCUCAAAUGGCUGCACAAGCAGUGUUAGAUCCGAGAGUUAACUAUUUUAUUACUAAGUUGGCGCCUGCUCCACAUGAUAUUAGGUGGGAUAACGUUUGUUUGUCAAGGAGAGAAAGGCUAACAAAGGGAUAUGCUGUAACGACUUUUAUCGGUCUUUCAAGCUUAUUCUUAAUUAUUCCUGUUUCAUAUUUAGCAACACUUUUGAAUCUGAAAACCAUUUCCAAAUUUUGGCCAAGUCUAGGUAAGUUACUGAAGGAGAACAAGUGGGCACAGAAUUUAGUCACUGGAUUAUUGCCAACCUAUUUGUUUACUUUAUUGAACGUCGUAAUUCCAUAUUUCUAUGAAUACUUGACAUCUUAUCAAGGUUUGAUCUCAUACGGUGAAGAAGAAACAUCUUUAGUUUCCAAGAAUUUUUUUUAUAUCUUUGUUAACCUAUUCUUAGUGUUUACCUUAGCUGGUACCGCUUCAAAUUAUUGGGGAUAUUUAAGUGACACAACAAAAAUUGCUUACCAAUUAGCAACAUCUGUGAAAGAAUUUUCAUUGUUUUAUGUUGAUCUAAUUAUUCUACAAGGUAUUGGUAUGUUCCCAUUCAAACUUUUAUUAGUCGGCAGUAUGAUUGGUUUCCCAUUGUUUAAAAUACAAGCCAAAACACCAAGGCAAAGAAAAGAGCUAUACAAUCCACCAAUCUUUAAUUUUGGCUUGCAAUUACCACAACCUAUUUUAAUUUUAAUCAUUACAUUGAUUUAUAGUGUAAUGAGUACUAAAAUUUUGGUUUCUGGGUUAGCUUAUUUUGUGAUCGGAUUCUACGUCUACAAAUAUCAACUAGUUUUUGCUACUGAUCACUUACCACAUUCGACAGGUAAAGUAUGGCCACUUAUCUUCAGAAGAGUGAUUGCAGGUUUAUUACUCUUCCAAUUAACAAUGGCAGGUACUUUAGCAGGUUUUGAAGGUGGGUGGGUCCUCUCGUCAUGGCUGCUCCCAUUACCAAUAAUAACAUUCACUUAUUUAUACGAUUUUCAAAAUAAUUACUUACCAUUAUUACAAUACAUUGCAUUAAGUUCGAUUAAAGAAAACGAAUCCACAGAGACAACUGGGGAGAGAACAACAACAACUUCAUCAAAUGAAAAUUAUCAAUAUUCAUAUCUAGUCGACGGAUUAGAUAGUCCUAUGUUAUCAACAAGGGAGACAAUAUCAUAA